AUGGAGGCCGGGGAUGUGCAACUGGGGGAAUUGGUCACUGUCGUCGGCUACCCGCGGGGGGGGGAGAAAAUUUGCCUGACCAAAGGCAUUGUCUCCCGGCUGCAUUUUAAUGGAGAGUACCUGGCCAUUCAAAUCGACGCGGCAAUCAAUCCCGGGAACUCGGGGGGCCCCGUCUUGAACGAGAGGGGGGACUGCGUGGGCAUCGCCUACCGGAAACGGGUCGAUCGGGGAUCCGAGAACAUUGGGUACAUCAUCCCCGUGGAAGUCGUCCACCACUUUCUAGAAGAUUUCCGGCGGCACGGGCAGGACAUGGGCGCCUGUCUGCAAGGCUUCGAACUGCAAGACUUGACCAACGCGGCGUUGAGGGAGUCGGUGGCGGGAAACCACACGGGUUGUCUGGUCAUCGAGGUCGCGGCCUGGACGAAUGCGGCGGCCCAUUUGCAAAAGGGUGACGUGGUGCUCUCCAUCGACGGACACAAAUUACAGAACGACAAGACGGUGCCGUUCAAGGACUUGGACUACAUCAACUUUGAAUUUUUAAUGUCCUCCGAAAGGAGCCUGUCGUGGAAGGGGAGGAUGGUGCCGCCUUGCCUCCUGCCAACACCUUUCACAAAUUAA